UGGCGCUGCCCAUGCUAAAAAAGGAUUUGGGGCACUCAAGUCCUCAAUCGAUCUCUCUGCUCCAUCCUUACCGCUUGAUGUGUGCCAAAGGUAUUCCGCGAAUUUGACUCAGAUUUUUUUAAUGCACACAGCAUUCGAAGAAAAUCCUGGCUGGUUCUACUCUAGUCAUUGGCAUAGGUGCAACCUGAUAUUGAAUUUGGACAUGCUGAAAAGUUGUGUUACCUCUGAAUGUCUGAUGCUAUUUGCAUGUCAUGACAAUGGCGUUUCAUUUGGAAAUGGUCAUUGAAUAAACUAUAGGCUAUGGUCAAUGUCCACGACGGUAAUGAAGCUUUCAGUAAUAGGUAGCAGCCUACUUGUAGAUACUGGCUUUUGCACUGUAACGAAGGACACAAUCACAAUUCUAAACUUGCUAUUCCUCUCAAUUUGCUAGGUUAGCCGCCAAAAAUAUCUUGCACUUUUUUGACGUCGACACACGCUGUCGAUACCUUUUUAAGGGCUUGGCUGUUUCCAGUCAGUUGUGACUUGUAGCUGCACCAAAGCAAACGCCUGCACAUUCACAGCCAAUUUCACCACUUGGGCUAUAGGCUACUGCAGCAGUGGAAUUGAGAGUAGGCUACUAGUUUGUAUCGGGUCCGAUAUUUGCAACUGGUGAUACUUAUUGCCAUGAAGGAUUUAAUUCGUUUUAUUAGCACAGUUGGUAUGGCUUGGACGACCAUUUAAGAUACGGUCGGAAAGAUCGCCGUGAAACUCCACAUCUUCAGAUUCUGCUUAAUUUGUUAGAUACAACGGGUGACAAGACAUGAACAUGGAUACCACUGUGAAUUCAGGAAGAAAUUCCGAGAAAUCUCACCUCGUGCACGAGAUGAAUGCCAAAAUGUAUUCACUGAAAAGUUCCUCUUCAGACUCCAAAGAAGACUAUCCCAACUUCCCACUUGAGAAGGAAGAUGUGGCUGGUGCCAUUAAGCUGAAGCAGCCUGUUGGCGCCCAUUGCCACGAUAACAAAGCAGUGAGUGAGGAGAACCAUGACAUGCUGCUGGCUAAGAAGAAGCUGUACAUCGCCUCCAUUGUGUGCCUCAUCUUCAUGAUUGGAGAGAUCAUAGGUGGCUACCUGGCCCACAGUUUGGCUAUUAUGACAGAUGCAGCUCACCUCCUGACUGACUUCGGCAGCAUGAUGGUCAGCCUGUUCUCCCUGUGGAUCUCCUCUAGACCACCCACCAAAACCAUGACCUUUGGAUGGCACCGCUCAGAGAUCCUAGGAGCGCUGGUGUCAGUGAUGUCCAUCUGGAUAGUGACUGGGGUGCUGGUUUACCUGGCCAUUGAGAGGAUAGUCAAGAACGACUUUGAGAUCAACAGUCAAGCGAUGCUCAUCACCUCCGGUUGUGCCGUCAUAGUAAACAUCAUCAUGGCAUACAUCCUCCACCACUCCACCACCUUCCAUGCCCAGAGCUCAGGCUACCAGCAAAUAGACGAGAACGGGCAGAGCCCUUUGGGUCACGGCCACUCCCAUGUGGGCCACUCCCACACCCUGCUGGGUCAUGGCCAUGGCAACACCAGUGUGAGAGCAGCCUUCAUUCACGUGUUGGGAGAUCUCCUACAGAGUGUUGGGGUCCUAGUGGCUGCUAUCGUCAUCUUCUACAGGCCUGAAUACAAAGUAGCAGAUCCCAUUUGUACCUUCCUCUUCUCUGUGUUUGUCCUUGGGACCACAAUCACCAUACUCAGGGAUGUUUUCAGGAUACUCAUGGAAGGGGCUCCUAAGGGAAUAGAGUUUAACUCGGUGAAGGAGGUGUUGCUGUCUCUGAAGAUGGUGAAGUCUAUGCACAACCUGCGCCUGUGGGCCUUGACCGCGGGACAGACCCUGGUCUCCGUCCAUGUAGCCAUCGAGGAGAAUGCCGAUCCCCAGAGUGUCCUUAAGGAGGCUACAGAGAUCCUCCAAACCAAGUUUGGUUUCUACAGAACCACCAUCCAGGUGGAACCCUACUCUGAUGACAUGGCCUACUGCACACACUGCCAGGAUCCCAUGGACUAACAGCAGUGGAGGCUGCUGAGGGGAGGAUGGCUCGUAAUAAUAUCUCGAACAGAGCAAAUGGCAUGGCAUCAAACACAUGGAAACCAUGUUUGAUGUAUUUGAUACCAGUCCACUCAUUCCGCUCCAGCCAUUACCAUGAGCCCGUCCUCCACAAUUAAGGUGCCACCAACCUCCUGUGACUAAGACUCACAACUACCAUGGAGACAGGAGAGAGCUGUCAUUUUGAAAGGAAGUGGGUACUGUAUACAUACAAAAGCAUACAGUGCCUUCAGAAAGUAUUCAUACCCCUUGACUUAUUCCACAUUGUUGUCACAUCCUGGAUUCAAAAUGGAAUAAAUAUAAACUGCUAAA